AUGAACACCAUCAUCGACAACCACGGUGUCAACCAACCCGAUGCCCCACGAUUCCAAACAGAACAGGGCAACCCGCGUGUUGUUGAAGGCGACGAACGAGACACCUGGUACCCCAUACCCGAAACCGAAGAACGAGUGCUCGGCUGGUGGUACCUUCACCAGUACAUCGCAACGCUCGAACAAGGCCGUCCCGUUUGGGACUCCGAGGAUAUCCACUGGCGCCUCACUUUCGACCAUCCUGAUGGUCCACUUCAUCAAGUCGUCGUGCAGUAUGACACUCGUCCAGUCGAUGUCGAGCCUUAUCCGGAGACAUGGAACCUCGCAUCCCAAGAAGAUUGCGAGGCGCAGCCCUUUCAAUCAGAGUUGUGGCACUUCGCCCCGAGGGGAAGUUGCGAAACAGACAGAAACUGA